AUGUCAGCAAACAGCAGAGACGCAGAGGAGGGCAGCAGCUGUGACAGUGCUGGAAGAUAUUUGCCAUGUUGUGCCUCUGGUCUUAUCUCGGCCAAACUAACCAUUGUGGUGGGAGACACUCACUUCUCCGAGGAAAAGAUGUUACUUGUUCAGAGUUGUGACUAUUUCAGAGCUCUGUAUCGCUCAGGGAUGAAGGAGUGUCAGCAGGAAGAAAUCCACCUCAAGUCUCUGCGUGCUCGGGGCUUCUUUCUUGCAAUGGCGGUGUUACGAGGGGAGAAGCCCGCCCUGGAUGGCGACGAUAUCGUAGAAGCCAUUGAAUGUGCUGCUUUCCUGCAAGUGUCGUUGCUCGCCAAGCAUCUCAUCAACCUCAUUGACUCAGAAAACUGCUUGCUGAUGUUUCACACUUCUGCAACCUUCGGACUGAUGGAGCUUUACCACGCUGCUGCGCUGUUUAUCAGAAACAUGUACGCCGACCUGGAGGUGGAGGUGAGGAAAUCCUUACCUUCUGAGCUGAUCUCCUACGUGGAGUCUUUGACCCCGAGUGUUUUCGUGGCUGUUGGGGCCCAUGUGACCUGCGCUGGGGAUGAAACCGUCCACGCUGCCUCCAGGACGGUGUGCUACCUGGACGAAUCUGGCAAUAACUGGAAGGUGUUAACAGAUCUUCCGCUUCAGGCCAGCACCUCCAUGGCGGGAGUGACUGUUCUAGACAACAAACUCUUCAUCGUCGGAGGAGUUCACAGACUUCACAACCAAGUGGUGGAUGCAUGUUUCUGCUACAAUGUUAAAGAAAACAUCUGGAGCAGGUUCUCAAGUCCAGCACAACUUCGAUAUAACCUGAGCCUUGUCGGUGCGGACGGUCGUCUUUAUGCCAUUGGAGGAGAAUGCGAGCGAACAGUGAUGUCAUCCGUGGAGACCUACGAUGUAAAGACUGGACAGUGGGAAUUUGCGGCACACUUACCUCGACCUGCAGCGGGAGCGGCGUGCACCAAAGCCCUGAGCAGGAUAUUUGUGUGUCUAUGGAAGCCGAUGGAGACAACAGAGAUCUACGAGUACAUCUCCAGAAGAGACGAGUGGCGGCUUGUGACCACGCUGAUCAGAAAACAGAGCUACGGCCACUGCAUGGUCGGCCACAGAGACAACCUGUACAUCAUGCGAAAUGGGCCGUCGGACGACUUCCUGAGAUGCCUGAUGGACUGUUACAGUCUGAGUUCAGGUCAGUGGUCGACUCUGCCCGGACACUUCGCCAACAGCAAAGGCUCUCUGUUCACAGCGGUGGUGAGAGGCGACUCCGUGUUCACGCUCAACAGGAGCAUGACUCUGGAGUACGUCGUCGAUGGGAAAACCUGGAAACCCCGACGGCAGAUGAAGGGUUUCCCCAGAAGUGGAUCUGUGUGGACGUUCAUGCUGCAGCUGCCAGACAAUCUCAUGCUAAAGGAAUAA